UGUGGUUUACUCUCUGAAUGUCGUGUCGUACUUUAACUCUCCUCAACACGCAACUCAGUCUGUUUCAGUGAAGAGUCAACGCGGGGGACUGCUGAGAGGGGGGGGACCAUCCCUGUAUCUCAUAACCACGAUCUGUGCAUAAGCUAUCCAGCCCCGUGUGUGUGGCUCCAUCUUCACCAUGCGUCCUGCUGGACUCCUCUCCGUUCUGCUGGGCCUCCUAGAUGCCUCUGGGGCCCUGGCUCCUCCACGUAUCUCCUUCAAUCUCGACUCUCCCGGCCGACCGCUGGUCCACUUCAAAGACCCCACCCUCCACAAAGCCUCAACCUUAUUGCUAAGCAAGAACAGCUCCACCUUGUACGUGGGGGCUCGGGAUGCUGUGCUCAAACUGGAUGUCGGCCAACCUGAUGUCAUCAGCCUGAAGAGAAAGGUGGAAUGGAAGCCGUCUCAGGUAGACCUGGCUCAAUGUGCUGACAAACGCCAGGGUAAAACGGCUGACUGUCCUAACUUCAUCCGGGUGCUUCAGCACAUCAACUCCACCCAUCUGUAUGCCUGCGGGAGCUUCGCCUAUAAUCCUCGUGACGUCUACAUUGACAGAGAGAGUCUUUCUCUGUCCCCUGUUCCCAGUAAAACCACAGAGGCUAAAGGACGCUGUCCGUUCAACCCAUUUCAGAGGAACACCGCCAUCACCAUUGGUGGGGAGUUGUUUACAGCCACGACCUUGGAUUUCAGGGGAAUCAAACCUGUGAUUUCUCGCCAUCUCAGCAAGGGUGGCCGCCCAGACGUCAAACAGGACUCCUCUAUGAAGUUACUGGAGGAACCCUCAUUUGUUGGCUCAUCGUUCGACCAUGAGGAGGGCAAACUCUACUUCUUCUUCAGUGAAGUUGGGAAAGAGUUCAGCUUUCUGGAUGAACUGCAAGUGGCCCGGGUGGCCCAAGUCUGCAAGGAUGAUACAGGUGGACAGAGAACGCUCCAGAGGCAUUGGACCUCCUUUGCCAAAGCUCAGCUCCUCUGUCGGCCCCCGAAACAGCUGCCCUUCAACGUCCUCCAAGACAUGUUCACCCUCCAACCCCCAGAUGGCGAUAGCACCAAUAAGGCACUAUUCUACGGCGUGUUCACUUCACAGUGGUCCAUGAGUGUGGGGCAGUCUGCAGUGUGUGUCUUUACCAUGGAGGUCAUGAGGUCGGUGUUCUCUGGGGACUACAAGACUUUUGACAUGAGCAAAGACCAGUGGAGUCUGCAGAGGGACAGAAACUCCAAACUGGGAACGUGUGGACUGGGAAACGCCACAGAUGCCUUUUUAGGGGACGUGAAGAAGACUUUUCUGACCAGCAGCAGCGUGAGACCCGUUGGUGACACUCCACUUCUGGUGUCUGGAGAGAUCUACACCCGCAUGGUUGCUGUUCGGACUUCAGCAGCCAAUGGCAAAGAAUACACCGUCCUCUUCCUCCUGACUGAGUCUGGAUACCUCCACAAAGUGGUUCUGUUGGAUCGGGGUCCGUGGGUCAUAGAGGAGAUUCAAGUCUUUAAACAAGCCCAGCUCCUCCCGACGCUCCUCGCGUCCCCUACCAAGGGUGUGGUUUUUGUUGGCUGGUCUGAUGGAGUGACUCGGGUUCCUCUGGCCGACUGUUCAUACUACAGCAAUUGUAUUCGCUGUGUUCAGUCACGAGACCCGUUCUGUGGCUGGGACCCCAUCAGAGCUGCCUGCACCAGAGUCAAUACUCACCAGAGCCUGGUUCAGGAUUUGGAGAAUGGGGACAUCGGUAAAAUUUGUCCGGGACCUCAGGGCACCAUUCCUGUCAUAGUUUCCAUUGGUUUGAAUGAACUGGUGAGGCUUGAGUGUCGGAAACCUUCCAACUUUGCAAACGUGAGCUGGACGUCCACUAGAAUCAACAUUCUUCCCCCUGAGGCCUUCUACCAGCGCCCAGAUGGCAGUCUGGUCUUCUUUGGGAAUGCUGGCACGGUGGGUAACUACAGCUGUCUGUCUAUAGAAGAGGGACACAAGGAGGUGGUUGAGAACUACAUCGUCAGCCUGACAUCAGUCGCUGUCCCUCACGCUCCCUAUCCACGAACCAACCACCCCACCAUUUCCAAAAUCCCACAGGGCCAAAAUCCUCCACAAACCGUAAACCCAAAAACAAAACCUGCUGGCGUUACAGAGGAGAGUCAUACCACUGCUGCAAAUGAGAACCAGGCCACCUCAGAGGGAGAAGGGACACGGUAUUAUAAAACGGUGUUUCAUAAUACGGCUCUGAGUGAAAGUUUUACUGCCAUUGGCCCGGGCCUCGGUACUCCGACCAGGAAGGAGCUGACUGAAGAUCAGCAGACAAACCCCAGACAAACCAGGGAGGAGAAGAACUACCGCAGGGAGCUGGUGGCCGUUUCACUCCUGCUGUGCAUCUGCAUCUUCCUGCUCCUGUUCGGAGGGCUCUACAGUUGGCACCACUGGAGGACAGCCCUCAAAUCAAGAUACCGGGUCACACCGGAGGGAGGAGGCGUGCAGAGCUCCCUGGAGAACAUCCCCUCACUCACUGCAGACAACUUGCCCACCGAGGUGAAGGCAACGGAGUGAGACAGAGGAUCACGUCAAAUGUCCGACAGCUAAAGUCCCGUCCUGGGAGGGCGGUCCGAGGGAAGCCUGGGAUACUCGUUCUUUCUUUUUAAGGCCCUCUGUGAGAUUUUUAUUUUCCUCCGUCGCCAAUGUUGUUUGCAGCCAUUUUCCCCCUCUGUCUGUUAUUGUUUGUUUCCACAAAUAAGCCGAACCUCAACCUGAACAUGUUAAAGAAGUGGCCAGCCGGUUACUUUGCUCCGCUCAUAGCAGCCCCAGUGUUGUUUUGUUGUUGUUUUCCUGUUUGUUUGUUUGUUUGUUUGUUUUUUGAUGGAAUGUGAAGUUUUUUUUUUCAAUUUUACUUGAAAACCUGUGAAAAAAUGUAUUAUAGUCUGAAAAAUGCACGACAGUCAGCAAUAAACUUCUUUCUUUUUUUUUUUACAUAUGAUUUUUACUGUAAGACUGAAAACAAACGAAUUUCAGUGUUUUGUGAACUCAAAACUUGACAGGAUCUUAAGAGAAUAAGGUGAAUACAUGAAGCCAGACCAUCAUUUUGCUCUCUCUGUAAAGCACAGGUAGGACUGUCAAAGUUAAACCUAUUUCUAAUGCACUGAAACGGGUCCAUUAGGGCUGCAGUUUUUCUGGGAGUCAGACAAGUUGUAAUGUGAAGUUAAUUUCAGUGGCAAAUGUGUUUUAAUUUAGCUGUGUUCGCAUUCUCGGCACAAAGUCAAACACGUUUUCGAUGGGUGUUGGACUCAGCCAAGGUUGUCCCUUGUCUCUGAUUCUGUUUGUGAUAUUCAUGGACAGGAUCUCAAGGCGCAGCCAAGGUGAGGAGUGUGUCCAUUUUGGGAACCUCAGAAUUGCAUCUCUGCUCUUCGCAGAUGAUGUGGUUUUGUUGGCUUCAUCAGAACGCGACCUCCAGCACACACUGGGGCGGUUUGCAGCUGAGUGUGAAAUGGCCGGGAUGAGAGUCAGCACUUCCAAGUCUGAGGCCAUGGUUCUCUACCAGAAAAUGGUGGCUUGCUCCCUCCGGGUUGGAGAUGAGUUGUUGCCUCAAGUGAAGGAGUUCAAGUACCUCGGGGUCUUCUUCAUAAGUGAGGGUAGGACGGAGCGGGAGAUUGACAGGCGGAUUGGUGCAGCACAUCAGCAGUAAUGUGGACAUUGUACCAGACCGUUGUGGUGAAGAGGGAGCUGAGCCGGAAGGCGAAGCUCUCAAUUUACCAGUCAAUCUUCGUUCCAACCCUCACCUAUGGUCAUGAGCUUUGAGUAGUGACCGAAAGGGUGAGAUCGCGGAUACAAGCGGCUGAAACGAGUUUCCUCCGUAGGGUGUCUGGGCUCAGCCUUAGAGAUAGGGUGAGGAGCUCAGACAUCCAGAGGGAGCUCGGAGUAGAGCCGCUGCUCCUUCGUGCCGAAAGGAGCCAGUUGAGGUGGUUCGGCCAUCUGAUUAGGAUGCCUCCUGGGCUCCUUCCUUUGGAGGUUUUCCGGGCACAGCCGACCCGGGGUAGACCCAGAAUGCGCUGGAGGGACUACAUGUCCAAUCUGGCCUGGGAACACCUUGGGAUCCCCCAGGAGGAGCUGGAGGGCGUUGCUGGGGAGAGGGACGUCUGGAGUGCCCUACUUAGCUUGCUGCCACCACGACCCGACCCCGGAGAAGCGGCUGAUGAUGAGUGAAAAAAAAGAAAGUGUUUUAAUGUUAAAUGUGUACUCGUGUCAGAAUGAUCUGUAAAACUCUGAAAGUCAAUAUGUCUAGAAUUUUUAUUGAGUUUAUGUCUUGUAAAUGCACUGUAUUUAGUGCUUGCCGAGUUUUUUGGUGAAAAAAUUAAUUCAACAACUUAAUUUCAAUAAAGACAUCAGCCAU